AGCUCCCCCCAAACGCAGCCCGCUAAGCCAUUCCCACGCCUGAGGUGGGUUCGGUUUCACUUCAGGGCCUCAGGCAGGCAUUUCAGGAAGGGCCUCAUCUUUUGUGUGCUGAGAAAUAAACAGCUCUCCAUCUGUGCGAAUUGCUGCUCGGAAGGUGUGUGAACUGACCUCCUCUGAGACAGAUGUCGACCUACAAACGGGCCACGCAGGAUGAAGAGGAACUGGUGGACUCACUCUCAGAGGGCGACGUGUAUCCACGCGACCCGCAGGUGAAGUUCCACAGCCCCUGGAGUGGCCAGCGAUGCUGGGCCGAGCGGACCCAGGUGGAGAAGCGGCUGGUGGUGCUGGUGGUGCUUCUGGCAGCAGGACUGGUGGCCUGUGUGGCAGUGCUGGGCAUCCAGUACCGGACAAGAACCCCCUCGGUGUGCCUCAGCCAGGCCUGUGUCUCAGUGACCAGCUCCAUCUUGAGUUCCAUGGACCCCACGGUGGACCCCUGCCAGGACUUCUUCACCUAUGCCUGCGGCGGCUGGAUGAAAGCCAACCCCGUGCCCGAUGGCCACUCGCGCUGGGGGACAUUCAGCAACCUCUGGGAACACAACCAAGCCAUCAUCAAGCGCCUCCUCGAAAACUCCACAGCCAGCGUGAGUGAGGCGGAAAAGAAGGCCCAGGUGUAUUACCGUGCCUGCAUGAACGAAAGCAGGAUCGAGGAGCUCAAGGCCAAGCCCCUGAUGGAGCUGAUUGAGAAGCUCGGGGGCUGGAACAUCACAGGGCCCUGGAACAAGGACAACUUCCAGGAGAUCCUGCAGGUGGUCACCUCCCACUACCGCACCUCGCCCUUCUUCUCUGUCUACGUCAGCGCCGAUUCCAAGAGCUCCAACAGCAACGUGAUCCAGGUGGACCAGUCUGGCCUGGGUUUACCCUCGAGGGACUAUUACCUGAACAAAACUGAAAACGAGAAGGUGCUGACGGGAUACCUGAACUACAUGGUCCAGCUGGGGAAGCUGCUGGGCGGAGGGGACGAGGACACCGUUCGGCCUCAGAUGCAGCAGAUCCUGGACUUUGAGACAAUGCUGGCCAACAUCACUGUGCCCCAGGAGAAGCGCCGGGACGAGGAGUUCAUCUACCACAAAGUGACAGUAGCCGAACUCCAGGCCCUGGCACCCGCCAUCAGCUGGCUGCCCUUCCUCAGCACCAUCUUCCACCCCGUGGAGAUCAAUGAGUCCGAGCCGAUUGUCGCCUAUGACAAGGAGUACCUCGUCCAGGUCUCCGCCCUCAUCAACAGCACUGACAAAUCCCUGCUGAACAACUACAUGAUUUGGAACCUGGUGCGGAAGACAAGCACCUUCCUUGAUCAGCGCUUUCAGGAUGCCGACGAGAAGUUUAUGGAAGUCAUGUAUGGGACCAAGAACGCCUGUCUCCCUCGCUGGAAGCUCUGCGUGAGUGACACAGAAAACAACCUGGGCUUCGCCCUGGGCCCCAUGUUUGUCAAAGAGACCUUCGCUGAGGAGAGCAAGAACAUAGCCAGCCAGAUAAUCCUGGAGAUCAAGAAGGCGUUUGAGGAAAGUCUGAAGACCCUGAAGUGGAUGGAUGAAGAAACUCGCAAAUCAGCCAAGGAAAAGGCAGAUGCCAUCUACAACAUGAUAGGCUACCCCAACUUUAUCAUGGACCCCAAGGAGCUCGACAAAGUGUUCAACGACUACACUCCGGUGCCAGACCUGUACUUCGAGAACGCCAUGCGCUUUUUCAACUUCUCGUGGAGGGUCACUGCCGACCAGCUCAGGAAAGCUCCCAACAGAGACCAGUGGAGCAUGACGCCCCCCAUGGUGAACGCUUACUACUCGCCCACCAAGAACGAGAUUGUGUUUCCAGCCGGAAUCCUGCAGGCCCCGUUCUACACCCGCUCCUCACCCAAGGCCUUAAAUUUUGGUGGCAUCGGUGUCGUCGUGGGCCACGAGCUGACUCAUGCUUUUGAUGAUCAAGGGCGGGAAUAUGACAAGGACGGGAACCUCCGGCCCUGGUGGAAGAACUCGUCCGUGGAGGCUUUCAAGCGGCAGACCGAGUGCAUGGUGGAGCAGUACGGCAACUACAGCGUGAACGGGGAGCCGGUGAACGGCCGGCUCACGCUCGGGGAGAACAUCGCCGACAACGGGGGCCUCAAGGCGGCCUAUCGGGCCUACCAGAACUGGUUGAAGAAGAACGGGGCCGAGCAGACCUUGCCCACCCUGGGUCUCACCAAUAACCAGCUCUUCUUCCUGGGGUUUGCACAGGUCUGGUGCUCUGUCCGCACGCCUGAGAGCACCCACGAAGGCCUCAUCACCGACCCCCACAGCCCCUCCCGCUUCCGGGUCAUCGGCUCUGUCUCCAACUCCAAGGAGUUCUCGGAACAUUUCCACUGCCCGCCCGGCUCGCCCAUGAACCCGCGUCACAAGUGUGAAGUUUGGUGAGGGGCGGGGCGCUCAGCGCCGAGGUGGAGGAGGGGGAGGGACUGCGGAUGAGCCCUCCGGGUGCAGCUGACAAGGCUGCCCCUCCAGCCGGUGCCCAGGGUGUCGCCCAGCCCCCUUGGCCACCCAGGGCCCCCACCCCCGCACUGGAGGGUUUUCCACCGGAACUGAGCCCGUGAUGUGGGUUCUCAGCAUAAUCCGAGAUUUGAUCCCCUGUGGAGACCCUGUCACCCCAGGCAUGUGUGCCUCAACUCUGGAGGGCAUUUGGGUGUCCACUGGUUGCUCACCAGGCCUGGGCCCCACGCCGACAAGGGCAGUGGACACAGCCCCACGCCCACAUCCAGCGCCAGAUAACACCACAAAUACCACUGUGUCAAAUGCUUUAAAUAUAUAUUUUUGGGGAAACUAUUUUUUAAACAUUGUGGAAUACACUGGAAAUCUUCAGGGAAAUAAUGCAUUUAAAACACUUUUUUUUUUCCUAAAGGAAAGGAUUGGUAUAUUUAUUAUGUUCUGUUUUUCUAAAUAACCUGUGGACAAGGGAAGCCCACUGAGGUACCCCCUCUCUCUUCCUCACUCGCUGCAAGGCUGAGCUGAGACAGCGAUCCCCGGCCAUGGAGCAGGUCCCCCGAGAGCUGCCUCAGCCCUUGGAGUAUGCUCCAUCGCUGGAUAUAGGGAGGACCUGCGGGGAGGCCAGGCAGAGGGGGGCCCGCUGGGGGAGGCCCAGCUUGUUGACACCGCCCCUCUUAGCGAACCUGCCUCAGUCCCCAGAGUCCAACAGUGGGAACCCCAGCAAGGAAGGUCUGAUCCCCAAAGUUGCAACAGGGGACUGAUGGCUAUCCCAGCAUGAGGGCCAGCGCAGGGCCCUCAAAUCCAGUCUGGGGUGCCCAAGCACCCUGGAUCUGGACCACAGAUGACCUGUGAGGUGGGGACCCCCAUCGGAUGUGCUCUCCUACACUCUUUGUCCCUCCUCUUUUGGCCACCCCAUGUCUGUCCUGGGGGCCUGUUGCCUCUCCACAGCAACCUCCACACCAGCUACUCCAGAGUCUACCUUGCCCACCUCUUCCCCAAAGAAGGAAGGAGAAAAUAGCUCUCAUCUCCGCAGGUCCCAGACCCCUGAGCUCCGUGGUCCACCCUGCCUGGGCCUGGCUCCCGGGCUGCAGCCGUCCCCGCCCUCUGAUCUGUAGUGCCUUAUCUGCCCAAGGAGACAGCCCCUCGACCCCAGGGUCCCUUGGACUCCUCAGUGAAGCCCCCAAGUGUCCUGACUGGAACAUAAGGCCAUACCCCCUACUCCCAAUGCCCACACAGCUGCCCCCCACGCCAGCGCAGAGGCUCUGCCUGCAGGUCCGGCACCGAGGUCAGGAGUCCGAGGAGGUGGGCGGGGCACCAGCUCAGCCACUGCCCCGCCCACCUUCGGAUCAGCCCCAGAGCUGGGGCAGCGGUGUGGGGAGUGGGUUCCCUGGUCCCCACAGCAGCCCUGAGCUCCAGCCCGCCCUCAGCCCCUUGGGUUGAAUCAAGACAAUACUUCCAGCUAUUUGGACUCCUCUUUGGAAAUUCUCCAGCCUCGGGAGGCUGUGCGGGGCCCUUCCCCCACCCAGGCCGCCUGGCCUGCCCAGGAAUGUUAUCUCCUCCCUGAGGCCACAGGUCAGAAGCUCCCCACAGGUGGGGCUAAUUGGAGCCCCACUCUGGUCCUCUGGGGACACAGGUACCUGUGACAGGCAGGAGCAGCCAGCGCCCGCCAGGGUUCUCCGCCUGGCCCGGCCCCACUCCCAUGGGCACUUACCUCGCCCAACGGAAGCACCAGCUCAGCCACUGCCCCGCCCACCUUCGGAUCAGCCCCAGAGCUGGGGCAGCGGUGUGGGGAGUGGGUUCCCUGGUCCCCACAGCAGCAGGCCUGGGGGCUCCGCAGAGGAGAGGUAGGACCCGGGCCGCCACACACACCCUGCCCCGCAGACAGGCUUUCCCAGCCCGGCACCCUCCCUGCCCUCCUGCUUUCUGGCCCUCCCCGUGGUCACAGUCCUGGAGUGUGUCAGCACCAUGGACUGAGUGGGACGUCCCAGCCAGAAGCAAGGGUCCUAGGGCCGAGGGUCCAGCCAGAGGGAAUGUAGUUUGCACUCAUUGCUUCCUGGUGUGCUGUGAGUGGGCUGGGGAGGGGCCCGGGGAGGAGACCCCUCCUCUUAAGCCCAGGGAGACAUUAGGCCGGCUUCUCUGCAGGUACAUGGACAUGGGGUUUGGAGCUGGGAAUCUAUUUUUUUGUAUUAUUAUGUUUUGUGCUACUGUAGUUUCGGUGUGGCACUGUUGUAAUUGAAAUAAAGUACUUGUACCGUG